AUCUCCAGCCCUCUUACCUCCUUCUUCCUCAGAACGUGCUGGAAGCCCGCCUCGGCCGCCAUCUUCUUCACGUAGUCCUUGGUGAGCCCAGCCAGCGGGAACACGGUGCGCCGCAAAGCAUCCUGGGAGAUCUGGCUGAGGAAGAACGUCUGGUCCUUCACAAGGUCCGCCCCCUGGUGCAGCUUCACCGCUGCCGUGGAAACGGGCGCGGGCGUGCGAGGAACAACACAGCAUGUCUGUGGAGGAGGUCACCCUCCAGCUUCUGCUCGAGGCCAGGGAGACAGUGAUGUCCAGCCCCCUGGGAGUCCUCCACACUCCCAUGAUCCCCUGGGCCCAGACCUCCCUGCCCCUCCCCAUCCCCUGCCAUGCACACAUCAAGCUGGAGAACAUGCAGAGAACAGGCUCUUUCAAGAUCAGAGGGGUGGCCAAUCAGUUUGCCAGGAGACCACCGGGUGGCAAAUUUGUCACCAUGUCAGCUGGGAAUUAUGGGAAGUCGUUUGCAUACGCCUCCAAACACUACGGGAGUCAGGGGAAGGUAGUGAUGCCAGACUCCGCCCCUCUCUCCAGAUCCACCCUCAUACAGAGUUUGGGCGUGGCGGUGGAGCGCGUGCCUACUUCCUGUCUCCUGGACGCGGUGAAACGAUGUGUCCAGGAAGACAACUUUUCCUUCCUGCACUCCUACGAUGACCUGGACCUGGUGGCUGGACACGCCAGUCUAGGUCUGGAGGUGCUGGAGCAGCUGCCUGCUCCUGAGGUGGUGGUAGUGUGCUGUGGGGGCGGGGGCCUGCUGGCGGGCGUGGCCACGGCACUCAGCCUGUCUGGAUGCAGAUCCACCAGGGUCUACGGAGUCGAGCCUGAAGGAGCCUGCACUAUGUACAGAAGCUUCAUCGAGAACAAGCCAGUAGGGAUGGACGCCAGGAGCAUUGCCUCAGGACUAGCUCCACCCUCCGCAGGUGCCCUCCCCUACGAGCUGUGCCGGCGCUACGUGGAGGAGGUCGUCCUGGUGACCGACGAGGAGAUCAAUGACGCCGUCUCCGCCCUGUACGGGGCGGGGCUGGUGGUGGAGCCGUCCGGAUCUGCUGCCUUCGCCGCCAUCGUCAACAACAGGAUCCCGGACGUGGAGGGGAGGAGGGUGGUGGUCAUUCUCAGCGGGGGGAACAUCGGCAGGGAGGAGCUCGCCAGCUUCCCUGGAUGAGUCACCAUGACAACAGUGACACCGAUCAGUUUCUUACGAUGUAGUAUGAGAUGGUGAGAGUUGGGGGUUAAUUCUGCUCUGUGUCGACUCCCAUGGUGCCUGAUUCAGCAUCUUUCUAUCAGUGGGCGACACUAAUCAAGUGUCUCUGUUGACCAAGAGUUUUUGACAGUGAAGGUGCAGGCAUGAAUGACUCUCCUCCAAUGAACUAAAAUAAAUAAAGUAAAAUGUAAAGUUUUCAUAUAAUUCUCAUUUAACACUAAUAAAACUUUUUAUUGCAUUAUCUCCAUAUCCUCUUGA